UAAACUUUGUGUUCAUUUGUCAUUUAAUUUUUUUUAUUUAAUUUGUUUUUUGGACGAAUAUCCUGCCAAAAAUGCUUCUUUAGAACAAUUAAAAAAAUUACAUUUAUUUACAGUUUACGGUAAUAUAGGGUGUGGGAAAGGUUAUGUUAUAUUCGUUGAGGUUAUGUUUGUAGUCUUUAAUGUUUUUUUAGAGAAAAAACCUGUGUUUUUCUUAAUUAAAAUCUGAAUUUUAGCAUGGCAUUUUCACAGAAACAUACAGGUCUCAUCUUAGUACCCUGGUUUAAUAGUGACGAGUGGCGGUAUGUUUAUCACUGCAUUUAUCAAAAUGAUAAGGAGAAACAGCGUAAAGCGCUUGAUAUUUUAAAAAUUUGGAAAUGCCGGAAUCCAGUUUUGUCUACUGGUGUAGAGGGAACCCUUAUAUUGCUAGAAACACUUUUAUUGGACUCUGAACAUUUUUCUGAUGAACACUUAUCACAGCUUUAUUCGAUUGCUCUUAUGAGGUUUUUGAACCUUUCUGCAGCCAACAGUGAAAAACAGGGUUCUUUUAGUAAGACCUCAAUUAAAAACGAGCUUCCAAAAUGGCUGGUUAAUUUAAGGCACGAUAUAGCACAUGGCCACCAAAUUCCCUCUUUAUUCAAUUUAAAAAUGGGCAUAGAAUUUGGCCUUAGUUGGUUGAAUGAGAAAUACUGGGAGCCACAGAGUAAAAUUAUUAAGGAUUAUCAUAUUGAUGAAACUGCAACUGUAGACAAUCAUCUUGCAAAUACUUUAAAAGCAUAUUGUAAUUUGAAUGUAGCACUGUUUGAAAAUCAAGAGGUGGACAGUGAAUACAUUGAGAAUUUAAAAAGCUUCCUAAAUAAGAAGCUUAAGAAAAAUGUAACACAUCCAUAUGUUAUGGUCGAUAUUUUACUGGAGACUUUAUCAGAAUACCUGGAACAAAUAACUGAUCUUAAUAACCUUUGCCUUGACGUUUUGGUGUCUAAAGAAGCUUUGCUGAAGUCAAAAUUUGAAGCACUAGAAAAUGGUACGGAAGCCAUUCAUAAAAACUUCAGAAAUGUGUGGCAAAAGCUGUUAAACCUUUUACAUCAACAAGGCUACACUUUUGCGCUUUUGAACAAACUCUUUGAUGUUAUCGUCGAUAUUGAAUACUGCAAUUUCAUGGACAGUACUAGGAAAAUGGCUGCGUUCUGGAUAAAUGAGAUUUUGAUAUCUCUUAGCAGUUUAAAGGAAACAGAUGUAAGCGAUGAUGUAAUUAGGUUAGAAGCAAGUAAAAAAAAUUAUGCAGAGGAAGCUAAGCAGUUUCAAGAACGAGUUCUCAACAGUAAUUCAGGGUAUUUAAAAUAUUUCCUAGACAGCUUAUUAAAGUUAAAUCAAAAUGAAGAAACGUUUAACGACGACGUUAUUAGUCUUAUUAAAGCCAAGUCUGAUUUUGAAAACACCCAUGUAGGGGUUGAGACUAUUUACACAGUGGAUGAUUUAAAUUUAAAUGAUCCAAACUUGCUAGAAGAUCACUUGGAUUAUUCUGAUUUAAAUGGACCACAUGUUACGAAUAGUUCAAGAGUUAUUACAGCAACAAAUAAAUGGAGAAAAAUCGAAGAUACUUCAAUAUUUCGGGGAUGCCCUUUGGGAGUGCUUCCUCACCAAAUCGGUCAAAAACAUCCUUUUAUAGCUAUAAGUUAGUAUGUUUGAACAAUGUGUUUGAAAAGGAAAUUAUUUAUUUUGUACGAGAAA